AUGGUGCGGCCUGUGAGGAAUAAGAAGCCAGUCAAUUACUCACAGUUUGAGAACUCCGAAAGCGAUGAUGAUGAUGAUUUUGUUUCUGCAACUGGACCUUUAAAUAAGAAAUCCAGAACACCAAACGAGUUAAAACUAGAAAAACCAAAACCCAAAUUGAAGAAUCUCCAGAAGGAAGACAUCCCAUUACAGGAAAAAACUCCUAAAAAAAGGAUGGCUUUAGAUGACAAACUCUACCAGAGAGACUUACAAGUCGCACUGGAAUUAUCAGCGAAGGAACUUCCAACAGUCACCAUUGAUGUGGAGGGAUCUCAAGGCAGUGAAAAACGUGACAAUAGUGAAAGAGAAACAAUGGAUAAGUCUCCCCAUAUCUCCAAUUGCAGUGUAGCCAGUGAUUAUUUAGAUUUGGAUAAGAUAACUGAGGAAGAUGAUGUUCAUGGCGCUCAAGGGAGAAGAAAAGCAGCAUCUAAAGCUGUGGUACAGCAAAGGAAGAUUCUUUUGGAAGGCAGUGAUGGUGACAGUGCCAAUGACUCCGAACCAGACUUUGCAACUGGUGAAGAUUCUGAAGAUGAUUCUGAUUUUAGUGAGAGCGAAGAUAAUAACAAAGACUUCACUAUGAGAAAAAGCAAAGAAAUUAAAAAGAAAGAAAUGAAAGUUAAAUCUCCAGUUAUAAAGAAAGAAAAGAAAACUAAAUCUAAAUGUAAUGCAUUAGACUCUGCUCCAGCUGCUGUUAAAUCAGGAUCUCAGCUUUCAUCAAAAAAGGUUUCUCCUUCUUCAGAGGCAACUAGGAAACCAUUACAAAUACACAGUCCUUCAACUGAAAGCAAGAGACCUAAGUGGGUCCCACCAGCAGUAUCCGGAAGGAGCAGCACCAGCAGCAGCCCACUGGCAGGGGCGUUUGUUAAGUCUCCAAAUCAGAGUCUCCGCCUUGGCUUGUCUAGAUUAGCACGUGUUAAACCUUUGCAUCCAAACACUGCUAAUAGUUGA